UUCAAGAUCUCAUUCUCUCUAUUCAACAAGAAAAAAAAAUGGCGGAUACAGGUAGAACAACCCAUCAUGAUAUCAUAGGCAGAGAACAGUACCCGAUGAUUGGCCGAGACCGAGACCAGUACCAGAUGUCCGGACGAGGGUCCGACUACUCCAAGUCUAGGCAGAUUGCUAAAGCUGCUACUGCUGUCACAGCUGGUGGUUCCCUCCUUGUCCUCUCCAGCCUUACCCUUGUUGGAACUGUCAUAGCUUUGACUGUUGCAACACCUCUGCUCGUUAUCUUCAGCCCAAUCCUUGUACCGGCUCUCAUCACCGUUGCACUGCUCAUCACCGGUUUUCUCUCCUCUGGUGGGUUUGGCAUUGCAGCUAUUACCGUUUUCUCUUGGAUUUACAAGUACGCAACGGGAGAGCACCCACAGGGCUCAGAUAGGUUGGACAGUGCAAGGAUGAAGUUGGGAAGCAAGGCUCAGGAUCUAAAAGACAGAGCUCAGUACUACGGACAGCAACAUACUGGUGGGGAACAUGACCGUGACCGUACUCGUGUUGGCCAGCACACUACUUAAAUUACCCAUCAUCAUAGUCCAAUAACUCCGAUGUCGGGGAGGUAGUUUAUGAGGAAUAAAGUGUUUAGAAUUUG